CAGAUUUGCACUCGGCCGGCAUGGCAUUUAUCCCCCACCUACAAUCUCAGGCAAUCCGCCAUUACUGAGAGCCCCAUCGCACAUCGGGUCGUGGCAAGCUCGCGACGCGGAAGCGCCACCGCUCCCCUGUCCGUCUCCGUCCACCUCCUGUGCCGGCUGCCUGCCUACCACAUCAAUCAGUGUGACCAUCCAGCACAUUCCCAUGACGGGCCACGCCAGCCUGCUGCUGCCGGCGCUCGCCGCCGUCCUGCUCUGCUGCCCCCUCGCGCAAUGCGGGCAGCAGAACUACACCUCCAUGUUCAGCUUCGGCGACUCGCUCACCGACACCGGCAACCUGCUCGUGUCCAGCCCGCUCUCCAACCACAUCGUCGGCCGCUACCCCUACGGCAUCACCUACUUCCACCGCUCCACCGGCCGCUGCUCCGACGGCCGCCUCGUCGUCGACUUCCUAGCGCAAGCGUUCGGCCUGCCGCUGCUGCAGCCGUACCUGCAGUCCCGCGGCAAGGACCUGCGCCGGGGCGUCAACUUCGCCGUCGGCGGCGCCACCGCCAUGGAUCCGCCCUUCUUCCAGGAGAUCGGCGCGUCCGACAAGCUCUGGACCAACCUGUCCCUCAGCGUCCAGCUCGGCUGGUUCGAGCAGCUCAAGCCGUCGCUCUGCAGCUCACCGAAAGAGUGCAAGGAGUACUUCAGCAAGUCCCUCUUCCUGGUCGGAGAGAUCGGGGGGAACGACUACAACUACGCCUUCUUCAAGGGCAAGACCCUGGACGACGCCAAGACCUACGUCCCCACGGUCGCCGCCGCGGUCACCGAUGCCACCGAGAGGCUGAUCAAGGCCGGCGCCACGCACCUGGUGGUGCCGGGGAACCUGCCCAUGGGCUGCUCGUCGGCGUACCUGACCCUGCACCCGGGCCGCAACGGCAGCGACUACGACGCCGCCGGUUGCCUCAGGACGUACAACGACUUCGCGCAGCACCACAACGCUGUGCUCCAGCGGAAACUGCGGGCGCUCCGGGCGAAGUACCCGCAGGCGAGGAUCAUGUACGCCGACUACUACGGCGCCGCCAUGUCCUUCGCCAAGAACCCCAAGCAGUUCGGGUUCACGCAGGGGCCGCUGCGGACGUGCUGCGGCGGCGGCGGGCCGUACAACUUCAACCCGAAGGCGAGCUGCGGCGUGCGGGGGUCCAGCGUGUGCGCGGACCCGUCGGCGUACGCCAACUGGGACGGCGUGCACCUGACGGAGGCCGCCUACCACGCCAUCGCCGACAGCAUCCUCAACGGGCCCUACACCAGCCCCAGGCUCCUCUGAUCCGAACGCCGGUGGUUGAAGCUCGUCGUCCGUCCAUCGGCAGCCGCAGCUCAUACAACUGUAGUGGCGCCAACAAUGUGGCUGGCCUGUGAGCUUGCUAGCUGUGGUAAUUAAACGAAUGCUGUACGUAGUACUCCCUACUACUAGUGUGAGAGUGUGACGGUGUUGGGACUGGAACUGGAACUGGAAGGGUAACUCGUAACUAAAAAUGGUGGAGUUUUGCGUC